AGCCCACAAAAAAUGAUGGUAUAUGCUCUACCGAGCGUUCUUUCUCUCUCUCCCUCCCUCUCUCUCUCUCACACGCGCGCACACACAAACGCCACACACUUCCAAUCUCUCCGCCAUUUCUGGACAUGUUCUGCUGAAAGCAUGGUAGAUCGCUGUUGGAUUGCUUUCUUUGUGGUGUUUUCAUGUCUUGUUGGAGUAUUUGAUGCUAGUGCUGGCGAUGCUGAUCCACUUUAUAGGUCUUGUGUAGAACAAUGUGAAAAGACUGGAUGUGUUGGGGAAAGAUGCUUUCCACACUGCAAUUUUUCAUUAGAUGGUGCCUCCCCAAAUGGUCCUUGGUACAUGCAAGAACCUCUUUAUUUGCAGUGGAAGCAAUGGGAUUGCCAAAGUGAUUGUCGUUACUAUUGCAUGGUUAACAGAGAGAAAGAAAAAGCAGCAGUUGGUCAUGGGCCCGUCAAAUAUCAUGGUAAAUGGCCCUUUAAGCGUGUAUACGGUAUUCAGGAGCCCGCUUCUGUAGCUUUCUCUGCACUCAACCUCGCAAUGCAUUUCCAUGGAUGGCUGUCCUUUUUCAUCCUUCUGAACUACAAGCUGCCUCUAAAACCGUACAAGAAGCCAUACUAUGACUAUACCAGUUUGUGGCACAUCUAUGGGCUCUUAUCAAUGAACUCAUGGUUCUGGAGUGCUGUAUUCCACAGUAGAGAUGUGGAUUUGACGGAAAAGCUAGACUACUCAUCUGCAGUGGCGAUACUUGGGUACUCUCUCAUUAUAGCAGUACUAAGAUGUUUCAACGUGAGGGAGGAAGCUACCAGAGUCAUGGUUUCUGCUCCGCUGCUUGCUUUUGUAACCACACAUAUAUUGUACCUCAACAAUUAUCAACUAGAUUAUGGGUGGAACAUGAAAGUGUGUGUUGUCAUGGGUGUUGCUCAACUUCUCAUUUGGUCAAUCUGGGCUGGUGUCACUCGCCACCCAUCUCGCUGGAAAUUGUGGCUGGUGGUUGUGGGAGGUGGACUUGCAAUGCUCCUAGAGAUUUAUGAUUUCCCUCCAUAUCUAGGAUUUGUGGAUGCCCAUGCUCUUUGGCAUGCCACAACUAUCCCCCUUACCUACAUUUGGUGGAGUUUCAUCAAGGAUGAUGCCGAGUUCAGAACAACUAGCCUCCAAAAGAAGGUAAAGUAGCGAUCUUCAAAUCUAAUGUCCAAGCCCGUGUAACUUUUUAAUGCUUUGACAACAUGAUGAACCUGAGGCCAGUGUUGAUCAAUGCGAACUUCAUUUCUCUCUUUCAUUGUUUCUCUAUUGAGGUUGCAAAAAGAAGCGUGAGAAUUUCUGGUUUAGUGAAAGAUUGUUCACACGUUGGGAAAUAUUGUAUGUUGAUUUACAAAAUUGAGUAGAGUAAUGAUGAUCCAUUUCCUUUCGCAA